CACUAUUUCCUAUUUCCCUUUUAUGUUCAUGUUUUAUGGAUUUUUAGCUCUUCACUGAAUACUUUAACCUUAUUUGCGAUGAGUCUAUUUGACAUUGGACUUGCGUGGUUCUGUCUGUUAAUCUGUGAAUUUCGCCACUACUAGUCUCUAUCUAUCUCGGACCGUCCGCCCGGUUGCUUGGUGCCGCCGUCGAUUCACAACUCCGAUUGCUCGGUGCCGCAGUCGAUUCAUAAACACAAACUGGGCUGAGCCGCCGUCGAUUCACAAACGCGAAUCGACGUUUCCGUGCCCGGUGCCGCCGUAUCCGUGCAACACGAAUCGAUUCACAACUCCGAUUGCUCGGUGCCUCCGUCGAUUCAACUUAAAUGGGGUACAAUGCGCUAAUGUUUUUCUAGUCUGUUAAAACAAAGCCAAAGAGUAUAAUUACUACCCUAGACAAAGUUAAAACUCAGAAUUUGCUGUGAGCCCCUUGGUUGAUGGCGAUAAAAAGGGGAGAUUUAUAGUCAUUCUCAGUUAAAUCCAUAAUGCCGGUGGCUAUUGUUUGAUUGGUAUCAAUGGUAUGCAGAUUGUGGAUGUGCCACCAAAUUUUCCUGUUUUAAGACAAAAGGGUGUUUUUUUGACCUUCAAAUUGGACGUGAAAGUGAAGAAGCCAGUGAGAGUGUUGGCAUUGGUGAACAAGAGACCCAAGCAUAUUGUAUACAUAUAAUGAACAGCUUCAGUAACCUGCCUGAGUAAUCAAAGAGUGUAAUGGACCCUUCUAUUAUGAAGCUCCUUGAAGAGGACGAGGAUGAAACAAUGCAUUCCGGGGCAGACGUGGAAGCAUUUACAGCGGCUUUGAACAGGGACAUAGAGGGCAAUACUUCUACAUCCCAACACUCUGAUUCACUCAGUGUACCUCUAUCUCAAGGAAGCCAUCACACUUCCAGUCAGGUGUUUCCACAAUGGCAAACUUUUAGUCAAGUUGAAAGUGCCAAUGGUCAAAAUCAACAAAAUCCAAAUGGUUUCCAGCAACAGGAGCAACAUAUGUCUGAAAUGGAACUUAAGCAACAUGAUUCUGGUCCUGAAAAACAACAGCAACAAUUGGAAUCCUCAGAGGAGUUGAAUAGCAACCCCUUCAAGCAAGAGCAACUACAAGAAGACUGCCAACCUCAGAAAGUGGAACAAAACACCGUCCAUUUUUCUCAAACAACGGGUGUCCAGAAUUCUGAAAAAAAUCCUGUCCGCGUUAGGGAGCCAGACAGAACACAUAACCUAGAGAGUGAAUCUCAACAUCUGAACUUUCAGAAAAUGAAAGGUCAUCAGACUAUUGCAUCUGAGCAAGGAAUGAAUUCAGUGAAUCGAGGGAAACAAAUGCCUUUUGCUCUGCUGCUACCAGUCAUACAAACCCAACUUGACAAGGACAGAGCAAUGCAAUUAGAAACUCUUUAUCUUAAAUUGAAGAAAAAUGAAAUCGCCAAAGAUGGAUUUGUCCGGCAUAUGAGAAGUAUUGUAGGGGACCAGAUGCUCAAGAUGGCAAUAUAUAAACUGCAAGCGCAGGCUCAAGCUUCUGCACGACCACAACAACUGAAAAUGCCAUCUGUUGGGGUGAAUCAGGGAGCUGUUCGUCAGUCAUUUUCACAACCUCAUCAGAAGGGUAUAACUUCUGAAGAUGUUUCUUAUGUCCCCUCUUCAACAGCACAAUUGAGUACUCAUUCAAGCAACGCAAAGAUGGAUGAUAAUGGUCAAAAAUCCCAAGAGAUGGCACACCAAUUAGAUUUGCAUGGAAUGCCAUCAAGCCAGAUGUCUUCAAGCAAUUUGAGCAACAUAAACCAAGAAAAGGAACGGUCCACAAUGCCCAUACAUGGACUUAGCAAGCAGCAAUCACAACAUUUGCAGUUCUCACAGACAUCUUUUCCUGCCUAUGGAAGUACAGGAGUUAAUUAUCAUCCACUUUCUGGGACAAAGGAUAACGCUUCAACAUCAUCUCUUAAAAAUCAGCCCCAUGAUUCACAAUUGAUGCAAGGUCCAGUUUAUCAAAGUACUGGUGCAGAGAGGCAACAUUCUUUUAUUGAACCAAAGAGAGUGCAUGGUGGAAGUGGGACACUUCCUCACUUGACAGGCAGUUCAUCUUUUCCACAUAAUUCCCCUCAUUGGCAGUCAUCAAGUGGUAAAGAGCAGAAAAGUGGUGCUCCAUCAAUUUCAUAUGUUAAGCAAGAACCUCUUGAUCAAGGAGCUGAGCAACAAAACACAUCCCAGGUGUCCUCCCCAGGGGGACCAUCUUCUCUUCCUUCCUUACCAGGUGAACGUGUCAAUGCACCUACUGGAAUUUCAAAUGAUAAAUCUCUUGAGAUGCAGUCCUCAAGGAUGGGUUUCUCAACAUCUAUGAGCACAGUGGCUCCAAAUUCAGCAUUGGCAUCAAUGUCGAUGCAGCUGGAACCUAAUAUUUCGUUAAAUUCUCGGAUCCCAUCUCCAGCUGGGGCAGGAAAUAGUACAAAGACACCCGUCAAAAAACCAUCUAUUGGCCAAAAGAAACCACUUGAAUCCCUGGGUUCUUCACCUCCUCUUCCAAGUAAGAAGCAAAAAAUAUCUGGGGCCUUCUCGGAUCAAAGCAUUGAACAACUCAAUGAUGUAACUGCUGUCAGUGGAGUUAAUCUUAGGGAAGAGGAAGAACAACUGUUUUCUGGGCCCAAAGAAGAUAGUAGAAUCUCAGAAGCAUCUCGAAGGGUUGUUCAAGAAGAAGAAGAAAGACUUAUUUUGCAGAAAAAUCCCCUUAAAAAGAAAUUGGCAGAAAUCAUGUCAAGAUGUGGCAUAAAGAACGUGAGUAACGAUGCAGAGCGAUGCUUGUCAUUGUGUGUAGAGGAAAGAAUCCGUGGACUGCUAAGUAAUCUUGUCAGACUGUCAAAACAGUUGCAGCGGAUUGAUAUUGAGAAGCGAAGGCACCGAACCCUUGUUAUCUCUGAUGUUCGGCAACAAAUCAUGGCAAUUAACAGGAAGGCUAGGGAAGAAUGGGAAAGAAAACAAGCUGAGUCAGGAAAACUAGAGAAACAGAGUGAACAAGAGGGUAACGCCGGAGUUGAUGUCAGUAAGGAGAAGGACGAAGGUCGCGCCAAAGCACUCAAGGGAAACAAAGAAGAGGAUGAUAAAAUGCGAGCAACAGCUGCAAAUGUUGCUGCUCGAGCUGCUGUCGGUGGAGAUGAUAUGUUGUCAAAAUGGCAACUAAUGGCUGAGCAGGCCCGGCAGAAACGCGAGGGAGGAAUUGAUGCAGCUUCUGGUUCUCAGCAGGUUAACGAUGUGAGCCGUAAGCCUCCAUUGACCCGUGAACAAAAUGCAGCAGACAAUCAAGAAGCUGAGCAAUCUGGCCAACCAAGUGCUGGCCAGCCAACUGGAUUAAGUGGAAAAUUCACGAGGAAUCAAGGCGCGGUGGUGCCUCCGAGCAAACAGGUUCGCUCAAUCUGCAUGAAGGAUGUUAUUGCUGUGCUUGAAAGGGAACCCCAGAUGUCAAAGACGCCACUGGUAUAUAUCCUCUAUGAAAAAGCAGGUGCUGAUGAUGAUGCUGUAGCUGAAUGAACUGAACUCUGCCUUUUACCUCAAAACUUGUCUCCAUUUCGUCUUUCUUUCUUUCUUUUUGUUAAAUAAAAUACGAGCAGCAGUAGCUUUGUAUUAGUUUAGUCGUCCAUAUAUAAUUAGAAGUAAUUUAAUAUAUAUUUUGAAUAGAUUGGAUAGUCAAUGUAAUUUUCAGUGUGCAAGUGCUA